AUGGAGAAUACUAACAAAACCAUUGUUAAAGAAUUUAUAUUUGUUGGUUUAUCACAUCAACCAACAACUAGAACUUUCCUAUUUGUAUUAUUUUUCCCAAUGUACAUUUUGACCUUAUUUGGGAAUGGCAUUUUAAUCUAUAUUAUUGCCAGAAGCUCUAAUAUACACACGCCAAUGUACUAUUUCCUCUGUAAUUUAGCCUUUUUGGAUACGGUCUUCUCUUCUUCCACAGUUCCCAAAAUGUUAGUAGAUUUACUAUUAGCGGAAGGAAGAAUCUCCUACACGGGGUGCAUGAUACAAAUGUGCGUUGGCCUAUUCCUGGGGCAAACAGAAUGUCUCCUAUUGGCAGUCAUGGCUUGUGAUCGCUUUGUAGCUAUCUGCAAUCCACUGCGCUAUGCAGUCAUUAUGAGCUGGGAACGUUGCAAACGUAUCAUGGCUGGUACAUGGCUUCUAAGCUUUCUUUCCAGUAUUCUCCCUGCCUUAUCAAAACCUAUGCUUUUCUGUGGAGAGAACCAAUUGAAUCACUAUGCUUGUGAGAUCUUAGCCCUUGUAAAGCUAGCUUGUGGGGACAUGUCCUAUUAUGAAAAUAUAAUCGCUAUUCAAAGUUUAUUUACCAUUCUGGUACCUUUCAGUUUCAUUGUGGUGUCCUAUAUUUGUAUUCUAACGUCCAUUCUACACAUCCGUUCUGUAGAGGGGAGAACUAAAGCCUUCUCUACUUGCGCUGCCCAUCUGACUGUCGUUUCCAUGUUCUAUGGGCCAAGUAUGAUCAUGUAUCUGGGGCCAUCAAGCAACUUCUCAUCCAACCAGGAGAAGUAUUUAGCUGUUUUCUACAGUGUUUUGACCCCCGUGUUAAACCCUUUGAUAUACAGUUUGAGAAAUGAUGAAGUUAAGAAAGCAGUAAGGAGAAUACUCAUUUCCUCCAGUCAGAUUCCAUAG